UUUAUUUCUUUUUCUUUCUGACCCUUAAUGAGCUCUCAGUAUCACCGGGUGGCCUAAAGUUACCACUAAAUUUCGUGCACAGCUCAGAAGCAAACCUCUCAUGGACAGAACAAGUGGAACUACUGGUGGCCGAUCAACAAAAAUUGAACACACCCCACAUCAAGAAUUCCCGUCAGCUCCCACCCAAGAUUUAGCAAUCCCUUCGGCCUCACUGCCAAUCCUUCCGGAUGAAGUCAUAAAUGCAAUCCUAUUAAGACUCCCGGUGAAGUCCCUCGUGAGAUUCAAAUGCGUUUCGAGAUCAUGGCUGUCCUUAAUAUCAAGCCCAGAAUUCAUCAAAGCCCAUCUCAAAUUCCAUACUUCCAGAGACAGCCAAAGGAUUCUCAUCAAGGGGUAUGUUGACGUUGAUGAUUGCGUAAAACAAUGUUCUCUCAACUGCUUAAUGUGUGAUGAAAUAUCUACUGAUGUUGUCAUGUUUGAUAAUCUCAACUGGGAAGUCCCCUCUCGGACCAUCGUAAUAGUUGGUAGUUCUAAUGGAUUAGUUUGCAUUGAUGCCAAUGCAAGUGGUUUAUUUCUGUGGAACCCAUCUACUGGGAAAUCCAAGGAAUUGCCUGAUUUAGACGUUGAAGUACCAGAAUAUUCUGACCAAUACUACAUUAUUUUCGGGUUUGGUUAUGAUGAGGUCAAUGAUGACUAUAAAGUAGUUGAGAUUAUCUGCACUUUUGAUGAUUGUGCUGUGCUAUCUUCUGGGCGGCGAGACGUUAACGUUUACAGCAUGAGAAAUGAAUCUUGGAAGAGGCUUGGGAAUUUUCAGGGCGGUUAUAUUGCUCAAGAGCAGUGUGGUAUAGUUCUGAAUGGGAAUCUCCAUUGGCCCUUAAAAAAAGAAGAUUAUCUGUCCAUUUGUUGUGUUGAUUUACCAUCAGAAACAUAUAGAGAGAUGGGGCUGCCAAAUUUGGACGAGUAUUAUGACUCAGAUAUAGAUAUUUUCCAAGGAAGUCUAUGUAUGCUGUGUAGGCAUAGUAAUGAAUACACUCACACUGACGUGUGGAUUAUGAAGGAAUAUGGGAUUAGAGAAUCUUGGAUGAAAGUGCUUAGCAUCCCUCACCAUGAAUCCUGGGCGUAUCCCAGUUAUAAACUACUGUGGACAUCAGAAGAUGAGAAAAUUUUGCUUAUAAAUGGGCCAGAUUUGGUAUUGUACAAUGCAAAGGAUGGUUCGUUUAAGAGUUACAAGGUUGGAUUUAGUAGUUCAUCUGCGGAUCUCCAGUUCACAUUGUCUGAUGCCUGCGUUUAUGUAGAAAGCCUGGUUUCACUGAAUCAGGAGCAACAAGUACAGCACUAAAGAUAAUAAAUUCUCAUCAUGCUCUCUAAAGUUUAGUAAUAUUCUUUUGUUAUCCUUUCUGCAGUGAAUCAAGGCCCUUUUUUUUUUUUUUUGUCCUAAGACUGCUCAAUUUUCCAUUUUGUGCUUCUAAUUAUGUUGAGUAGUUAGAGAAACUUUGCAUUGAGAUUUUUCCGUUCCAUUCCAAUCCAAUUAUUGAUGAAGUUGGGCUUGUUA